UGAGAGCUGCUCUACAGUCAUACAGCAUAAUAACCAUUUAGGAGAGCAAGGACUAUGGUCCCAUAUUACAUGUUCUCAGGUACUAUGUGUUUUGUGCAGAUGGGUUCACAGUGUUGAAUGUUGUUGUGUGGGAGUCGGCUUUGGUGAAUCAUUUCUCGCAGGUGUUUACUGCACCGAUUUUUCAUCCGGCAGAGUUGAGAAAGAAUCGAGCAAAACUCCAAUGGCAAGCGAAAACCGGAGUAAUUUUAGCGACGGAUUUGACGAAUCAAGCUGCAGAGCGAGUGAUCAGGAAUCACCAAAUCACAGAAAUCAAGAGAAUAAUCGGCAGUAGGUGGUACUGAGGGACAGCGUCCAGUUUGACUGUAUAUAUAUAUAGAGAGUUUUUUUCUUGAAAUUUUGAAAGGUCAGAUUUAAUACCUCAAAAUAGUGCAAUACUAACUUUUUAUAAGAAAAUAGAAUUUGUAUUAAAAUAGAAAAAUAAACCAAAAAAAGCAUUUAAUGCGUUCUACAUAUUCCUAACCUUGGAAGACGCACAAUCGCACACACGCACACAAAAACAAAAACAACGAAAAACAAAAACUGCCUUAAUUUUUUUACUGUGUACAUUGCGAACAGUAUUUUGUAAAAAUUUGCUAAAAUUUGAAGUUUUCACAAAAGUAAAGAAGAGGUAUUAUUUUCCGGCUUCAAAAUGGUCGGGUUUGCACCUACGGAUAUUCCCCCAACGAUAGGGAUGAAGCUCUUUAGUGCAGGACUGGCUGCCUGUAUAGCGGACGCUGGCACGUUCCCCUUGGAUACCGCAAAGGUCAGGUUGCAGAUUCAAGGAGAGAGUUCAUCCGCCCAGUCCAAGUCCUUCUCCUUCGCCAAAGCCAAAUCAGAAAGGUCGCACUUCAAGUACCGUGGAAUCUUUGGCACGAUCAGCACCAUCAUACGCCAGGAGGGUCCGCGCAGCUUGUAUAAUGGUCUGGUGGCGGGCUUACAACGACAGAUGUGUUUUGCGUCGAUCAGGAUCGGUCUUUAUGAUUCUGUCAAACAGGUGUACUCAGGUUACACUGGAACAAAUAUAAUGACAAAAAUCCUUGCCGGGAUUACAACGGGAGCUAUGGCAGUGUCGUUUGCCCAGCCGACGGACGUGGUCAAAGUGCGCAUGCAGGCACAGACAAACAUUGACCCCACAAAGCCCAAGAGGUACACAGGAGCAAUGCAUGCCUAUCGGACGAUAGCAAGAGACGAAGGGAUGAGGGGAUUAUGGAAGGGAACUAUGCCCAAUGUCACACGUAAUGCUGUGGUCAACGCCAGCGAACUCGUUGCCUACGACAUGAUCAAAGAGCGCAUCCUUAGAACGGGUCUCAUGGCCGACAUGUUCCCGCUGCACUUUGUGUCUGCGUUCGGCGCUGGGUUUGUAGCGACAUGUUGUGUCUCCCCUGUCGACGUCGUCAAAACGAGGUACAUGAACUCACCCCCUGGACAGUACAAGGGCGCCAUCGAUGUUGCCGUCAAGAUGUUUAGAGAAGGUGGACCGGUUGCAUUUUAUAAAGGAUUCAUGCCCAACUUUGUACGUCUGGGCUCUUGGAAUGUGGCCAUGUUUGUCUGCUAUGAGCAACUGAAGAGAGUCUGUGUGAACGUCGUCAACAAUAACUAGAAGGAGAUCGAGGAGGCUCCCGAUGAUGACAACAACCCUCAAAGCCAAUAGGGUGAGCGUGUUCGGCAUCUGUACUUCUCUGAAAUUACAUGAUUUGGACUUGUAUAUUUAAGCAUUGACUUGGUUGCAGUAGGUUUGAUAAAUGAUAAGUAAAGCUUGGUACAGAGUUUUUGUUAUGGUAUAACCUUGCUCUAUGGUACAACUGGUAAUUGAUAUUAACAGGUAUACAGCAUUGGUUAACUCGCAGUCACAGGCGCUGACUGGUGUGUAUGUAAAUGAAGCAAUCAGUAGCACCCCGAAAAUCCCUAAAUGAAUGCGCCUCAUUUUUAACCGCAUGAGGGCGCUCUCAAUAGUAUUUUUAUCAUUUCCGUGGGGGUAUACGCGAUUCGCCCUGCACAGUUUUAAUGGGCGUUCUUUCACUUUUGUUGCGCCAUAGAUUUAAGUUGCCUUAGAGUUGGAGUUGUAAUGGCUCCUUUAAAGGUCUUAUUGUCAAUGAUGGAUAUGAUGUAUGUGGUGGUAGUGUGUUCCAGUCAUAUAUAACUGUUUUGGGUAUAAAUGAAUAGACCCCCGGAAGUGAUGCAAUUAUGUUUGAGAGCGUCCUCACACGGUCAGACAUACAGCGCAUUGAACACCGUGAUAGACAUUAUAUAUACAAAAAACAGGAAGAUUGUGGCUGCUAUUUUGAAAGCUGCAUUGUGCCAACGUUUUUGCUGUGAGUGCACAUGACCCAAAGUGAAUAUGGCCACCAGUUGCUAUUUUGAUAUUGAGAAUUGCUUCUGUUGUUAUAUCCGCACUCUGGCCAUUACAAGGGAGGUGCUGACUCGGUUGAACAGUUCGAUCUUUAACGGGACAAUUUGAUCUAUAACAAGUUAGUUUGAUCUAUAAUGGAUCGGUUUGAUCUUUAACGGGUCAGUUUGAUCUAUAUCGGGUCAGUUUGAUCUGUAAUGGAUCAGUAUGAUCUUUAAUGCGUCAGGUUGAUCUAUAAUGGGUCAGUUUGAUCUGUAAUGGAUCAGUUUGAUCUAUAACACGUCAGUUUGAUCUUUAACAGGUCAGUUUGAUCUAUAAAGGGUCAAUGUCAGAUCGUAAGAUGGGAAUGAAUCGAUGCUCAAUCUGUCAAUUCCCUGUAUGCCACCUCGGUCCUAUUUCACAGAGGUUCUUAUGCAGAAAAAAUGCUCAGCGAAACAAAAUUUUGCUUACCAGAAUAAGGUUGCCAUCCAAACCACCAUGUCACAUGUACAAUUUGUGACUGGUAUCCUGCUUGUUAAUGCUUAGCAGAGAGUUGUUGAAUGCAAAGAAAAUUCUGCUUAAGCAGCUCCACGAAAUUGGGCCCUGGGGUUUUGUUUUUGUCAGAUUUCAUCAAGCAUCAGGGUGUGUACAUUUCUUUUUAACUUAAAUAUGAAUUGAUCGAUGUUUAACUUUUUUAAAUAACUGAUAUCAGUGAGGCCAGUAAUUUGGCCAUUAUUUUAAGAAAGUUAUUACCCUCAGAACCGCAAUUAAGGGGAAGUAGUAGGAUCCAGGAGCCUUUUUGUUAUUUUUCUCAAAUUUGUUUUGACAUCGUGGACCUUUCUGUGGCUCUUAGCUUUGGCUUAGUCUCUGACUUCUGCAUUCAGGUAUAUAACUGUUAUGUUGAUCGUUUGAUUCCCUCUUGUUUUCUGCAAUAAUAGAAAACAUAAACACUUUAAAAAUAACUAGGUAAAGCUCGCCCUGUCCCUUUUUUUCCCAGUUCUAAGUUGCAUAUAAGUAUCUUUGUAUUAGCUUUGACAGUCAAUUUGAACCCUAGUGUUGGAAGUUUUGAACAAGCCAAAGGAGCACACAUUGCAGCUCUAGAUACAGUGCAGCUGAAACCCUAAGCUAGUGGCAGAGACCAAGUCGGAGCCCAAACUAGAAUCAAAGCUGAAUCCCAUUUAAUGGUUUGUAAGUACAUACUUAAUACUGGUGCUUUUCAAAGUUGAUGUAAUGAUGAUGCCAGGCACUUCAGAAACCAGACAAUGUACAUGUACUACCUUAGGGCAUGUUUUUGUUUUUUUUAACUUUCAUGUUAUAGACAAUCGUUCAUAGACCAUUUCACACAUACUCAUUUCUCAAGCGUUAACUGUUGAAUGAGGUGCAUGCUGGUCGCUAGCUAGACCAACAAGCUCCUCAUUCCAUGCCCAAUGCGGCGUACCUAAUAUUGGAUAAGGGCUAUGCCAUGUGCACAGGCAUAGUCUUGUUAAGCAUGAGCGUGGUUAACUUGUUUCAUUUUAACAUACUAAUCUGCUCUUCUGCUUUUGCAGAGUAUGAAACAUUACAGAAAUGAUUUUUUGCCAAUAAAACAGUUGCUGGCACUGUUAGCACUCAGCGUAAUCCACCGUUUACAUACGUUGAAAAACCUGUAGAAGUUUGAGAUCAAUCGACCCUGGACCUGGAAUAUGUUUCUAUAUAACCAAAACAUAGUAAAUGGCCUGACAUUUGGACCCUAGCAGAGUCUUUCUCGAAGGCUAAAAAAAUAUACGUAUAUAAAAAUCAGAUUGAGUUAUUUUUCUAUUAAUAUAAUUGGUCUAGACAAAUUUUUGUGUGAGUUUGUGUUGUUCUGUUUUUAAAGUAUAUGCGCAACUGUUGUUAGUGUGGUUUCAAUGUACAUGUAUAAGUAUUAUUACAGAGUUUAUCAUAUCAUAAGAUUUUAGUUAACUCUGUUGGAUUUUUUUAAUCAGAAGAGAUUGUGUUGAUCCACAAGUUAAUAAGUUAGAGCCCAAAGUGCCUGUAAUUUGCAUAAAACCAUUUGCAUAUUGGGUAACUUCAACGAUGCAGUGAAGGCAGAAGGGUAGUUUUUGUCGAUGUGUAAAAAUAGUUAUAAAUGAAUAAAUUAUCAUUAAAAAGAAGAUUAACACAACUCAGGGUGCUGGCUUUAAGUGAAAUGAGAUUUUCCUGCCAGUCCUGAGAAGCCUCAAUUCAUAGACAUGAAAGAUUGGACAUUAUUCUUGAAUAUUAAACUUUCUAGUAGGAUAUCAUACUUACUCCUUACUGUGGCCCUUUUCAAAACUAUGGCUUCUGCUUCAGAUUCAGCUCAGGCUAGCUUGGCGCUUAGGGCUUCAGACGAGAGGUCGAGCUCUAGCCGAAUCUAAAGCCGAAGCCGUGUUUUCAAAAAGGCAGUCUCCUGUCAUGGUGAAUCAGUUUGAUUCUAUGCACCAUAUCCAUAAAUAGCGCUCACCAAUAUUUAGGAGGAAUUUAUUUUCGUACGGUAGUAUGAAUUAACAUGAAUUCACAAGUAAUCAUACUCUCAAUGCUCUUCCUUGUUGUGUGUCUGCAAGGGUUUUGAUUGUUUGUUUGUGUGCUUGUUUGUUUGGGUGUUGGUUGUUUUUUUCUUUU